AUGUGUGAUCCCUUUGAUAUGACGGUGUUGAUGGAGUUGGUGCUGAGUGAGGGGUUUCGCACAAACCCCAAUGAUCCGGGGACUGAGAAGUUGGCCAUUUGGCCGAUCACAGACGCCUGGCUCCAAGACAAGUACAAGCCUUUGCCACCUCUCAAUCCAGCAGAUGAGGAAGAUGGUCCGCAAUCCAUUUCAGAGUUGUCACUUCUUCAUAGCUUCUGCUUGUGUGCUCGGGCAGGUGUGACCAUGGCCACCACGGGCACAAGAAAGGCGCCCAACGCCAUGAAUUUCCUCCGUCAGUUCGAAGUUCUGGGUAAAGCCGGUGAAGCUGCAGACUUUACAGACUUUCAGAUUGAAGCCCAAUCUUUUUUGUUUUGUAGCGAAUGGAACGACGCAGGCAAGGUGGCCCGCGCCUUCAAUGUAGGAAAGCUGGAAUCAGAAGCGAUAGUGGCCCUGCAGAGCAAAAUCCACCACGACAUUGUGGAUGAGUUGAAGUCGGCAACAAGGACCCGGGGCAUGAGAUCCUUUGUCACCCACGACCUUCUUUCAAAAGGCAUUUUCAAUACAUCGUUCACCUCCCAAGUUGCUGGUUUGGAGCAAUGGUCCGCUUAUUUGACAAACGGACAGAACAACGAACUUGCCAGCCUUUUUCUGGAGCGUCUCAAGGGGGAUUGGGAUAGACUUCCAGUUGGUGUGAAGAAAGCCUUUACGUGGAAGGAUGCCAGCGUGAUUCACGCAGCCUGUGGAGGCUAUUUGGGGAUCAUGGAAAGCUUUCAAAAGAACGUUCCCGCGGCUGAUUUCACAGCAGCUGAGCCUGAGAUCAAGAGCCAAUUCUCUCUUGGCGUUCUGGACCAUGAGAUACUGGCAUUCUUGGAGGGAUCUGUUCCACCGAUCCAGCUGAAGAACGUUCGAUUUGUGCGGACAUGGGUUGUGGUGAGAGACACUUAUUGA